UUAGUAACUUAUAUUAUAACCUGUUUUCUGAUUAUAAAACAGCAAAGUACAAACAUGGAGGAUUGGGGUUUAGAAGAAGAUAAAAUGGGAAUGACGACCGUGUCUGGGACGGUUACUUUAACCAAAGAUGGCCAGAAUUUAAUCGGAAUUAGCAUUGGUGGUGGUGCACCAUUGUGCCCAUGUUUAUACGUUGUACAAGUGUUUGAUAAUACUCCAGCACAUAAGAAUGGAUCUCUUGCUGCUGGAGAUGAAAUUGUGUCGAUAAACAGCAAGUCUGUUAAAGGUUUGACUAAAGUACAACUGGCAAAAAUGAUUCAGUCGAUAAAAGGAGACGUGAAAAUGAAUUAUAACAAGCUGCAUGCUGAUCCAAAGCAAGGGAAGACUUUGGACAUUGUGCUGAAAAAGUUUAAGCACAGAUUGGUAGAACAGAUGGAUUCUGGCACUGCAGAUGCAUUGGGAUUGAGUCGGGCAAUUCUUUGCAAUGAUAUUCUAAUUAAGAGGCUUCAAGACCUGGAAAGAACCGGGAUGGUAUAUGUUGGGCUUAUGGAACAUGUAAAGAAGCUUUUAAAAGCAUAUUUUAACCUAUGCAAAACACAUCGUGAAUUUGGAGAUAUAUUCUCCAUUAUUGGCGUUCGUGAACCUCAUCCUAAUGGUGGGGAAGCUUUUUUAAAGUUCAGUAGUUCUCACCGAGAAUUUGAGAAGUCUGGCUUCACAUUGCUCAAGACAUUGAAGCCAAUGUUGAAUGAUCUUAAUACGUAUCUGAACAAGGCAAUUCCAGACACCAAGCUCACAAUUAAAAAGUACGCUGAUGUGAAAUUUGAAUACUUGUCAUUCUGUCUUAAAGUAAAGGAGCUUGAUGAUGAAGAAUAUAGCUAUGCUGCUCUACAGGAGCCAUUAUACAGAGUUGAAACUGGGAAUUACGAGUACCGACUGGUACUUCGAUGCCGCCAGCAAGCUCGGGCCCAGUUUGCCAAGCUCCGUAAAGAUGUUAUGGAAAAAUUAGAGCUGUUGGACAACAAGCAUGUACAAGAUAUUGUGUUUCAGUUGCAGAGGUUUGUCUCCGCUGUAUCACAGUACCAUGAGUCCUGCCAUGAAAGCAUGCAAAGUGCAGAUGUUUUUCCUAUUGAAGUUGACCUUGCCAACUCAACUUUCGAAUACGAUAAAAAAGACAAAUUUCAUGACCCAGAGUACGAGGAAGAGUUAGAAAACCAACUUCAUUAAUUGGAUUUUGUGUCAUUUAUGUUUGUGCCAUAAAUAUUUUAUAGCGCUGUUGUAUUUGUAACAUUUAAUGUAGAUGUACGUGACUACGCGUCGUGUGUGUAGUUAUUAUAAUACUUACUUUUUAGUUCUUCAAUAUUUUAGUGCAAUCAUUGAAAAUCUAGUGACAUACAAAUCAAAUUACCGACAGAAUCUUUUUCCCCUUAUGAAAUGCAGUGUAUGUUUGACAUAUCAAUAUUUGCACUUUGGCAGUAAUGUUUGUCCGUGCUAGUUUGUUCUGUUAUUGUUUUAUAUCAUUCCGAAUAUUUUUUAAGCUUAUCAUUCUGGCUGUUUGUAUGUAUAAAAACUUUAAAUAAAUACACUUAGUAAAGUUUUAACUGUACUUCCAAUAGUGUGUAGUGUCAAAACAGUUUUCUCUGUAUGUGUAGUGUAUUUUCUCUGUAUAAGCACCUUGAUGCUUAAGCUGUUAUUCUGUUAUACAUUAAUUGUUUAAUGUGAAAACAUGCAGUACAUGUUUAAAGAAUCAUGCAGUUUUAUUGUUAAAAUCUUAUUCUUUAUUGUAUGUAUAGAUUGUGAAACUAAUAACUAUUGUCUGUCCAUUGUGAUAUUAGUUGAUAUAUUUCAUGUGUAUGUUUAUACA